AUGGGCGCGCAUCAGUCUGUACCCGGCUCCGAAAAUAGAGGUGCAACGACAGCCCCUGCCAAAACCUGCUACUACGAACUUAUAGGGACUGAGACAAAUGCGACGGAUCUUGAAAUAAAAAAAGCAUAUCGUAAAAAGGCCCUCGAGUUGCAUCCGGACCGCAACCUGGGCGAUAUAGAAGAGGCGACAAGAAAGUUCGCAGAGAUACAAGCAGCGUACGAAGUUCUAUCUGAUCCUCAGGAGCGGGCUUGGUAUGAUUCGCAUCGUGAUGCUAUCCUGGCUGGAAAAGACGACCUAGGGGAGGAUAUCGAGCCAACCACCUUUCACAAUGUUCGACUUACUACCACGGAAGAAAUAUUUAGCUUGAUACGCCGAUUCAAUGCGACAAUACCAUUUAGUGACGAGUCCACAGGUUUCUAUGGCGUCUGUCGGGAAACGUUUGAACACCUGGCUCUCGAGGAGGAAACUGCUUCAGACAUGGCGCGCCUAGAUUGCCCCGAUUAUCCAAGCUUCGGGUUUUUAGAGGACGACUAUGAUACUGUUGUGAAGCAAUUUUAUGCUUCAUGGUCAGGCUUUUCGACUAGAAAAUCAUUUUCAUGGAAGGAUAAAUACCGUUUGUCUGAUGCUCCCGAUCGACGUGUUCGUCGCCUAAUGGAAAAGGAGAACAAAAAAAUCCGAGACGACGCUGUUCGUGAGUUUAACGACGCUGUUCGAUUUCUGGUGACUUUUGUUCGCAAACGUGACCCCAGAUAUCUUCCAAAUUCGCAGACCGAUGCUGAGCGGCAACAACAACUGCGUGAUGCAGCGGCGGCGCAAGCUGCUCGAUCGCGUGCUGCCAACCGACAAAAGUCCGAAUCAUACGAGACUCCACAUUGGUCGCAACCGCAAGAGGAUCAUGUACAGGAUGACUUAUUUUCGGAAGUUGAAGAAGAAUCAGAAAUCGAGAUUUUGGAGUGUGUUGUAUGCAACAAAUCUUUCAAAAGCGACAAGCAACUUGAGGCCCACGAGCGGAGUAAAAAGCAUACAAAAGCUGUCCAGCAGUUGCGUAAGGAAAUGAGGAAAGAGGCAGUUCAUCUUGAUUUAGACAUGGAUCCAGUCCAGGACCGGAUCCAGUAUCGGCAUGUCGACGCUCCCGUGGCUACCGAGCCAUUUGACGGUCCCAGCACUGAGGAUGCCUCCUUACAUUCGACGGAGAGUCAGCCAUCGAAAUGCCAGUCUGAAGAUGACAUAGCCCAUGAACAACCUCAAUCCGAACAAUCAAGUUCGCCGAGUGGCCAGGAAUUUGAUGAAUAUGCUCCGAGAGACGAGGUGGAACGGCGCCUGAGCUCCACAACACCCGAAUUGUAUGGUGCGCGUAGUGCAACCAACGAUGCUCGAGACCAUCUAGCUGUGUCAGCUCAGGAUAUCCGACCUAGCCAAGAAUCUGUGGACACUCCAAAGAAAAUUGGAAAAGCCAAAGCCAAACGUCAAAGAAAGGCAGCGCGGGGGCUAGCUGAGGAUGAGACUCAGCAACACUGUGCCGUCUGCAAUCAAGGAUUUCCAUCCCGGUCAAAACUUUUCGAUCACAUUCGCGACGAAAAUCACGCCGUGAUGAAGCCCGAGCUAAACAGCAAAAACAGGAGGAAAAAAGGGUGA